GCUCCUCUUAGCUCCGCUCCUGCCGGUGUCCGCCAGUCGCGCUUUCCAGCUCUCGCCGCCGGCUGCCGUGUUACCGCCGCCUCCGCCGCCCCGCGCCGCUUGGAGCCCCGCGCCUGACCAUGCCCAACAUCGUGCUCUUCAGCGGCAGCUCGCACCAGGACCUGUCCCAGCGCGUGGCCGACCGGCUGGGCCUGGAGCUGGGCAAGGUGGUCACCAAGAAGUUCAGCAACCAGGAGACCAGCGUCGAGAUUGGCGAAAGUGUGAGGGGAGAAGAUGUGUACAUCAUCCAGAGUGGCUGCGGAGAAAUCAACGACAACCUGAUGGAACUCCUCAUCAUGAUCAACGCCUGCAAGAUCGCGUCGUCCUCCAGGGUGACCGCCGUGAUCCCGUGCUUCCCCUACGCCCGCCAAGACAAAAAGGACAAGAGUCGUGCUCCGAUUUCGGCGAAACUUGUGGCCAAUAUGCUCUCGGUCGCUGGGGCGGAUCACAUCAUCACCAUGGACCUGCAUGCCUCUCAGAUCCAGGGGUUCUUUGAUAUCCCUGUGGAUAACUUGUACGCGGAGCCCGCAGUCCUGCAGUGGAUUCGGGAGAACAUCACCGAGUGGAGAAACUGCAUCAUUGUUUCACCUGACGCCGGGGGCGCCAAAAGGGUCACGUCAAUCGCAGACAGGUUGAAUGUGGAAUUUGCCUUGAUUCACAAGGAGAGGAAGAAGGCCAAUGAAGUGGACCGGAUGGUGCUGGUGGGCGACGUGAAGGACCGCGUGGCCAUCCUUGUGGAUGACAUGGCCGACACAUGUGGCACCAUCUGCCACGCUGCGGACAAGCUACUCUCGGCCGGAGCCACCAAAGUUUAUGCUAUCCUUACCCAUGGGAUCUUCUCUGGGCCAGCUAUUUCCAGAAUAAAUAAUGCCGCCUUUGAGGCUGUUGUUGUGACAAACACUAUUCCCCAAGAGGACAAAAUGAAACACUGCUCCAAGAUUCAGGUUAUUGACAUUUCAAUGAUCUUGGCCGAGGCGAUUCGAAGGACCCACAACGGUGAAUCUGUGUCUUACCUGUUCAGCCACGUCCCACUGUAAAUCCAGGAUGUGAGGUGUGGAAGCAAGCCUGCUCUGGCUUCUGACUUGCGUGCAUUUGUCUGAUUUAUUAGCUUUAGGACUAAGCAGUUAUAUUAAUGCAAAAGCAUCAGGUCUUUGUAUACUCCGAGGUCCACUGGUUUUCCCCCUCUUAAAGCUCUCGACCAUUUAUUUUCAGUUUGGUGGGGAGGGCAGUGGUUAUUUGAUCUUUAAGUGAGCAGUCUUAAAUGAGAAAUGUUUUUGUUAUCUUGAUUUGUUCUGAUAGGUGACCUUUUUUUCCUUUGUUCUGUCACUGCUUUGAGGCCACAACUUUCAAGUUUAUAAUUCCAUUGUGGAAGUUCAUAGUUUAUGUAUUUCAGGGUUACCAAAGGUCACCUCAGAUUAAAGCCUCUGUGUAAAUAUAGAAUGAUAAUGCCUAUGGACAUUUGGGUGAAACCCUGUAGAGAAUUAGCCUUUUGCUUCUAAGUGAACCUUAGAGAAUUUAUAAUACCCUGAGUUUUGAGUAUUUGUUUUAGUGAGCAGGUUUCCAAUAAGCCAUUUUGGUUAUUAUGCUUAAUUUGGACCAAAUUUUAUGUAGCUGAAGAUGGCCACUGACACGUUUAUUUCUGGUAAACAUUAGACAUAUCAGAGGCAAUGUAGUUCAGUAUUUUUUUAUUACCACUUCUAAAAAUCGUAACUGUCACUUCUCUGAAAUACCUUGUUCUAAAAUUCCAAAAUUAUGUUCAGCAAUAGAGCUGACUGAGAAACUGUUUUGAGGUAGUCUGCAAGUUCAGUGUCACAUCCGUGCUGUGUCCAUCCCAGAUACACCUCAUGUCCUGCCAUCUUUUUUUUAAUGUCCUGUUUUUAGCUCUAGCUUUUACUUUGCCUUUUUUCCAAGAGUUUCAUGUUGUGGAUUUCCAUCACAACAAAGACUUCUUCCCUAAGUCCCCUCACAUUUACUAGUCUGAUCUCUGUUUUGCUUUUGACAUGAGAAAAAGGUGAAUUGUU